AGACAGAUUCAUAAUGGUAUCCCUUUCACGUGAACAUAGAGAGUUCGUCUAACAAUUUCCAGCAAUUUGCAACAGUGCCCGUAAAAAGAAAACCGGUUUCCAUAUCAAAUACUUUAUCACAUCAGUUAUCUUGCUACCUAAAUGGCAUCACCAGAUCAAGCUGAUCCUGAACUACAGAGAUUUCUAGCAGUUGAGGGACAAAAAGCUAAAUUUCAACAGCAUGUGCACAAUCUAACUGAAAUGUGUUGGGAAAAAUGCAUCGAUAAAACUGGAGCAAAAUUAGAAUCUAGACAGCAGUCUUGCUUGAGUAACUGUGUCGAAAGAUUUAUUGAUACUUCAAAUUUCAUUUUAAACCGAUUAUCACAGAAAGGAGGUUAAAUAUUAAAAUUUAUUUUAGUUUGGCUAACUUUAUUUUUUCAUAGCUUUUUUUACCGUAGAACUUUUUGAAUUUUAUAAGUUAUCUAGCUAGCUGGUUUUUUAAAACGACUAGCUACCAAUUGAAUAUAAAACGUUCUACUUUCGAAUUAAUAGUAUUUUAUGAAGUUUGGUAACAAAUGUGCAUGAGACUUUUUUGGAGAUGUGACUUUUGUAAAUCAUUCCUUAUUUUGUGACUGUGACACUUUUUUCAGCUGGCUAGUGAGUAGCUAGCUUUAUGUGUAAAUGCUACUUAGGAUAUGUAUCUAUGUUCUUGUGUACAUCAAGAUUUAUUUAAAACACA